AUGAGCUACCUUAUUAGUGAUGAUAAAAAUGUCGAAUGUCUCAAUUUGAACGAUAUACGGUUGAAGGCAGAGAAAUAUAAUUGGCUAGAAAAAUCUGAGAAAAAGAAUUCUUAUAUUUUUUGUAAAGACAAUGUUAAAAUAAACAUUAUAGAUUUGAAAGGACUAGUGACAAUAGAAGUACAAUUAUUAAACGGUAUUUCAUAUAAGAUGUGUAGGAGUAAUAUAAGGAUAGAUGAAAUAUCUAGUUUGUUUGGACCUUCAAAUAAUUAUUAUGCAUAUAAUGAUAUAAUAAAUAAAACUAUUUUAUGUAACUACAAUUUGAGUGUUAAAGAAAAAAUUGACCUUUUUAAUAAAAAAGAUAAAACAUUUUUAAAACAAAAUGAUGUUAAAAAUAUUUUGAAAUGUGAAACCAAUAAAGUAAUAAGUUAUAAUAUUAAUAAUAAAAUAAUUAAAGGUAAAGAUAUAAACUGUAAUAAUAGGACUAAUGAGAAUUUUCAUUUAAUCAAAAAGGAACCAUUGCGAGAGGUAGAAAAAAUAUAUACUAAAAGAAAAGAGAAAAAUAUAUUUAUAAAACAAGACAAACAAGACGAGAUUUUAUUAUUUGAUCAAAAUAAAUUAUUUGUUAAUAUAGAAAAUGACAAUAUAAAUAAUAAAAUAUAUAUCGAAGAAAAUGUUGAAGGAAUGAUAUGUAAAUCCAAAACAAUUCUAAUGUUAAAAGAAAAUAAUAAUAUUUUGAGAGAACCCUAUUACACAACAGAUAAUAAAUAUGGUUGUGACGAGUUUUUAUAUGACGGUAUGAAUGUUCAUAAUGUUCAAAGAAAGGAAAAGAAAAAAAAGAAAAAUAAUAAAAAAUUAAAAAGUGAAUCAUACGAAUUAUUAUAUUUUUACAACAAAACAAAUAAAAUAUAUAAUCAUAUUACAUUAAAUGUUUUAUCAAAUAAAAUAUCUUACUUUUGUUUCUUUAACAAUUUCUUUUAUUAUAGAACAAUAUAUGAAUAUAAAUAUAUUCAUAUAAAUAACAAUAAGAAAAAAGAUGAGUUAGAUAAAAGAAGAAUAACAACAAAAUUAUUUAAUAAUCCUUUUGAAAGUGUGGUGGAAAAUAUGAGUGAAGACAAUACAAAUUAUAAACCUACAAGAAGUAAGAAGAAUAUGCAUAAUGUUAUAUGUCCAUAUAAUAAUAUUUUUAAUUGUAUUAAUAAUAUAGAAGAGAACAAUAAUUAUGGUGAUAAUAUAUAUACUUAUAAUUUUACUACUAGAAAUACAAAUAAAAUAUGUCAGAUAAAAAAAGACAAAUAUGUAAAUCAUAAUUUAUUUAUUAAAAAAAAAAAAAAAAAUCAUAAAAAUAGCAACAAUAAUAAUAAUAAUAAUAUGAAUAAGAAUAUAUCGAGUACGUUUAAUUUUAACAAAUAUAAUAAGAAUAAAUAUAUAAAAAAACAUAGAAAAAACAAUUAUAACAUAUAUAAUGAACCAGACAAAAAAUAUUCUAUAUACCAUAAGAACUAUAAAUGUAAUAGCAAUAACUUUAUAUAUAAAGAUUUAAAAAUUUACAAGGAAAAAUAUCCACAGAAUUGUUUCAAUAAUAAUAUUAAUAUCUGUAAUUAUUUUAAAAGAUAUGAAAUGAAUAAUGCUGAAAAGAGUUAUAACCAUUUGAAUAUACAAACAUUUAAUAAUAUAAAAAGGGAAGAACAUAAUAUAUAUGAACCAAUGUAUGAAAUAAGACAUAAUGCAUAUAAUAAAUAUCAUAAUAAUAAGUGUAAUAAUAUUAAUAAUUAUAUACAUAAAAAUUUUUAUGAAUAUAAUUCAUAUGAUUUAUAUAACAAUAUGUAUAAUAUAUCAACCAUUAUUCAUAAUAAUUAUGGUAAUGAUAAUAAUUAUGAAAUGUAUUAUUCUAACAAUUCUUACGAUAAAAGAGAAUCAAGGGUAUCUUCUUAUAUGCAAAGAGGACAUAAUAAUAAGUCUUAUAUGAACAAAAGAGCAAAUAUAUUAAACAAGAAAUAUAAUAAUCUUUUAUUUUCAAAUGAAGAUAUGUUUAAUAAAUCACAGAAUAAAAAAGAAAAAAUAAACAGAAUUAUGUAUAUGGAUAAAAAUAUGAACAAAUUAUAUGAUAACAGAGGUAUAAAUAAUAAUUUUAAUUAUCUAUAUAAAUAUGAAGAAUUAGAAAGAUUUAAUCAUAUAUGUCCUUCAAGUUAUAAAAAGAAGAACCAAUUACAAAAAGUGAAAAAUGAAAUAUAUAAAAAACUUUCUUAUUUAAAAUAUUUCCAACAUGAUAAGAACAGAAAUAUACCUCGCUAUAAUUUUUUUAUAAAACAUUUAUUAUAUGAUUAUUGUAAAAAAAAGUUACACAUCUGGUUAAAGGUUAUGCUAGUGAAACAAAAAUGUGGAUAUUGUAACGAGCAAUUUGAAAAUAUAGAUAUCUUAGAAAAUCAUUUAAAAUAUGUAAAAACACAUAAGGUUUUUUAUUGUUGUCAAAAACCUUUUCCUUCAUUAAAAUAUCUAUAUAUGCACCUUAAGAGAAAAAAUCAUUAUGGUUAUAUAUAUUAUUAUUAA